UUCAUUACAGGGUAACGUUACUACAAGUAGUAAAUAGCGUUACAAUAAAUAUAAGAGCUAUUUUAACUGAGCUAACGUUAGCGUACAGCUUGACACACGUAUGUUCAUAGCUAACGUUACACUUUGUGAGCCUAGCUACGGAAACGAGAGAUGCGUGUUGUGUUUAUAUUUCUGCGUUCCCUGUCCCGUAUUUCUUACACCACGCAGUUAUGAAUCAACGUGCGUUAAGAUAAUGUCACCCGAAAUUGGAUAAAUAGCCUACAUGUCAGCUAACUGACGACUUUCACCGUCGGUUUGAAUAAUAGCCGCGUUCUGGUUAAACUAAAAUGGCUGCAGUUAAUCCUAACCUUGAAGUGGAAUUGAGUUUAUUAAUUGUACAGCGAGAUUCUUAAUGUUGGAUAGUAGCAGUGUUAGGACGACAAAGCUGCAUACAUUUAUGUUAACUUGUCAUCGGGAAUGUGCAGUUUUCCCGGGCUUUGUUAUCCGACCCACUGGAUGGAGAUAUUUGCUGGUAGCUUUCAUAUCAUUUGCUCGGAUCUCCAGAUCACCUGAUGCAGCCAGGAUGGAUGGAUGAAUGCCCGCGGUAGGACUGACGGACGCUGGCUGCUCUCUGGUGUAGUGAGGGGGGGGGGGAAUCAACGCUCGUCUCCUGUUACACCAUCAUCCUCCCCUCCCCCUGUCUUCUCCUUUCGCGGUCGCUCUCCCUCGGCCCCAUGAGCGGAUGAAUACCAGAGCCUUUGAUUCUACCGUCGCCAAAAGGACUCAAUGUCUUUCUUGGACUGUUCCUGCAUCUCCCACACUCAAGUCCAGCCGCUGGACAGGGAGGAGCAAUAUGAGGACAUCAGCCACCAGUUCCUGAGCUGUGACGGUUCUGAGUACACCCUGCAAGGGCCGGCAGGUGGCGAUGACAUCACGGGGCUGUCUGCUGAGCCGGCCCACUACCAGCUGCUGUCCGAGCUGGGGAGGGGCUUCAAUAACCUGAGCCGGGUGAACAUGGCGCGCCACGUCCCGACUGGCCGGCCGGUGGCCGUCAAGCAUACCAACCUGGACGAGUGCACGGAGGAGGAGCUGCUGCAGCUCAUGAACGAGGUCCUGCUGUCCAGGGUGUUCCGUCACCGCAACCUGCUGACCUCUCGCCUGGUUUUCAGCUGCUGCUGCCAGCUCUGGGUCCUCACGCCCCUGAUGGCCUACGGCUCUGCAGACACUUUACUCCGAACAUAUUUCCCAGAUGGAAUGAGUGAAUCCCUGAUAGCGUACCUGCUGUACGGCGUGCUGAAAGCAUUGGAAUACCUGCACCGGAUGGGCUACGUUCACCGGGGGGUGAAGGCCAGUCAUAUCCUGCUGUCUGGGGAGGGGCGUGUCUACCUCUCAGGGCUCCACAGUGUUUACAGCAUGAUGCGCGACGGGAAGAAGAUGAGGACGGUGUUCGACAUGCCCCAUCACAGCCCCGCCCUGUUGCCCUGGCUCAGCCCCGAACUACUGCGACAGGACCUGCACGGCUACGGAGUGAAGUCGGAUAUCUACAGUUUAGGCAUCGUGGCCUGUGAGCUGGUCAGCGGCAGGGUGCCUUUCCAGGACAUGCUCCCCACUCAGAUGCUGCUUCAGAAGCUGCGCGGCUCCCACUGCUGCCUACUGGACGUGGCUCCCUUCCCGCUGGGCGAGCUGGGGGGGCUGAAGGUGUCGCGGUCCGGGGUGGAUUCCGGCAUCGGCGAGAGCGUGGCCACCGGAAGCAUGACGCACAGCGCCACCGCCCCUCCCGCCGACCGACCCCAGAGCCCCGCGCCCAAAAACCACUCGGUCACCCUGCACAACCUGGUCCAGCUGUGUCUGCAGCAGCAGCCUGAGCGCAGACCGUCAGCAUCUACACUGUUGACCCACGCCUUCUUCAAGCAGGUGAAGAGGCACACCAGAGACACCUUCCUCAGCCUCAUGUACCCAGCAGUGCCCCUCACCAGCCCCGAGGACCCUCCGGUAUCCUGGCCUCCCGCCCCGUCCUGCCACGCUCCGGUGUUGACCUCCGCCGAGGCAGCGUGGGACUUCUCCUAACCCCACAAUGUCCGCCCCCGAAAAUCUCCAAAUCCUGACUAGCAAGCCAAACACAAAGACAAUCGAAGCAAUGAGGCCAAAUUCUACUGUGCUUUUAUUUCAUAUCAGUAACCCGACUCUCUGAGCCUUUUUCUAAAGUAGUUUCGUAAGUUUUUUUUAUAUGUUUGUCUGAUGCAUAUAUACAGAGUGUGCGUCGUGGGACGGUGACGAGACUGUGAAAGUGCUGGAUCAAAGAUGCUGCUCUGGAUUACACAUUAACGAUCCAUGGUGAUGACGAUGAUAACAUGGACUGUCAACAAGUCACAGCACAAAAGAACAAUCAGUUGACUUAUAAUCACACUUCCUUCUGAGAUAAAUGCAACUACGAGUCAAAGGAAAAGUUCACCCUGAAGUACUUUGUUAAUAACAGCAAUUUGUGAGCAACAUCUGUUGUUUUUACAGUGUGCUCUUCAUAUUUCCAUCGAUGACGGACAUUUUUUAGGUGGCUGUUGUACCUGCUCUCCUCAAAGUAUUCUGAAAAAUGGAGGACCUUGUUCACUAAAUCUGAAAUAUGUAAGUGAAUACAUCAGAAAGGUAAAUCCUUACAGGUACGGACGAAAAAAAACCCUGAAGCACAAGUGAUGAUGCGAGGGUGGGUUUUUUCCUUUCCGGUGUUUUUAUGUGUUCAGACUGUGAAUAGUUAAUACUGAGGUACACCAGGAGAUAUUUACAGCACACGGGCAUAUAUAUUCAUCUAUAUCCGAAGAGUUGAAGAGACAAUUUGCUUCAAAAUUCGCACUCCUUCUGGGAGUCAUAACCCAAAACACAUCUGACCACAAAGACCCGACACACGCAUUUUAGAUUUUGGAGGAUAUCGUUAUCUCGGAUGUCCGUCUCAGUCGAUGAAUAAAAAGACGCUUUUAAGUUCUCUUCAGCAUCAAAGUAGUCUAAUGAUGGUCGCCCCCACACCCAUGGGUACAUUGCAAACAGGAAGUGCUAAUAGCUGAUUCGGCAUACUUUUAAUACUGCCAAUUUGCGAAAAAAACAAGGAUCAAGUUGGCAACAUAUUACUCGAAAGGCCAGUUUGAGACUGCAUCUGAAAUUACACUAGAUGUCCAAAAUGUUUAGAAAACUUGCCACAAUCAAAAAUGUAAAUGUCUUUCUGCUGUAUGUUUGAACAUAUAUGCACACAGUGUUUCACCAUAUGCAUUGGAAAACAUAGGAAUAAUAAGAUAAACUUGUCUCUAGAAUAAAGCUAGUGUCCCAUGUAGCGUUAGAAACAAUCAGUAGGUGAAUUAUCGCUAGUGAGUCGUCCCAAAAGAAUAUUUCUACUGUGACCGCCUCUCCAACAAUGCCUUUAUGUUUUCAUGAAACCUGCGUUCUGAAUAUGAUCCAUCUGUAACUGUGAUUAAGUGUACUGUGUACGAGAACUGUGAUCUAAUGUACAUAUCAAACAUGGUAGCUGUAUGAGCUAUAUAUAUAUACAUGCAUACACACACACACUAAAUAUACUAAACUUUAUUUCCAACCUUCUUGUUAAGCCUUGAAUGAUUUUUUUAUAUCGUUUUGUUAGUAGAAAAGUGUAUACAGUAUGUAUGUUUUUGACAAUCCUUCAUAAAAGGACCUUUUUCUUUGCUUUACAAAGUGAAUCAAUUGUAGGCAAAAGUAUUAUACAUUAUAAUUUAUGACUGUGAAUAACCCAAAUAUUUGUUCCUAUAAUCUCAUAAAGCCGAACUGUCAGCGGCUGUUUUGAUUUGUGCAGCAGAUGAUGCCGGCUUCUUCUGGGCACGUGAGGAGACUUCCAAACCGAACCAGCAGGUGGCGAUGGCGUCAUCGAUACAGGUGAGUGUGUGACUGUCGACUCACACUGGUUCUUUCAGGU